UAACGAUAAAACUUUGAAAUAAGACGUUUUCACUUUGAAAAGAAUUUCAUUAGCAAAACUAAUAUAUUUUGUAAAGAAUACAUUAUGCCUCGUUUAAAGCCCACCACAAAAAUCGAUGUUAUUGGUAAUUUGGAUUUGAGUCCCGAAAAAGCUGUGGGUGAUUAUAUAGAAUCCAAACAGCAAGAUGCUUUUUUUGUCAAACCUCCCAAUUGGGAUUCGGCUGGAGAUUCUGUGGAACUACUGUUUAUACGCAAUGAACGUGAACAUGCCGCCAUGUUGCGUGUGCAAGAGGAAAUGCUGGAAAAUGCCAAGAGACAAACGGCUAGUAAUACCAGCCGCAUACGAAAACUGUACAAAAUUCAUGGUGAUUUGCGUAAACGUUUCAUAGAGGUCAACAGCUUUAUCAAAGAUUGUGUGGACAAGAAACGCAUUGCAGAGAAAAAGGUGGCCGAAGAAACUGCCAUGCACGAGGUGAUAAAAGAGGAUAUAAAGAAAUAUAAGAACAGCAUACAGGAACUUUCCCAAUUCCGUGAAGUACUUAAGGCUACCGUCAAAGAAUUUGAACCCUAUGAACGUGUCCUACAAGAAGUUGUCGAUAAAUCGGAUAUUUUUGUGUCUGUCAAAGAUUGCAUGGAUCGUUGUGAUGCUUUAAUGCUAGCCCAAGUGGAAAUUUCACGUUUGGAACAGCAAAAAAUCCAGGAAAUCGAGGAAAUGCGCAAACGUAUGGUAAAGGUUACCAAUGAGGCAGCUCUUACGGUUUUAGGCUUGAAAAACGAUUUGGCUGAAUUGGAGAGAUCUUACAAUCAGGCCAGAGCUGAAUGUUCAAAAUGGGAGAAAAUUAUGGCCAAUGCCAAGAAUGCGGUAGCAAAUCAUGAUCUCAAUAAGGAUAGAGCCUUAGAUGGUGUUCACUAUAUGUAUCGUUUGCUGUGUAAAAGGAGAAAAAUUGACCCCGUCUUUCAACGUCAUGAGAUCGAAAAACAAUUAGAUUUUAUAAAAGAUGAAGUGGAAUUGCUUUAUGAAGUAAAUAAGGAAGGGAUGAGGUUAUUGAAAGAGGGUAAAUUAUUAAAAACUCCAUCAAAUGGAAAAGCAAAGGGAAAAUGAGGCAUCUCAACAUACAUAUUUUAUUAUUGAAAUAUUAACAAUACAAUAAAUUGGAACACAAUUUUAUCUUCUUAAAACAUGAACAGAAAAAUUCCAGUAAAUAAA